GGUUGGGGGUGGAAAAGGAGACAAUCGUGUUGGAAACGACGAUGAGAGAGGGAUGGACAGUGACGAUGUUGUCGUGUUUGUUAGUGUCUCUGUUACUGUUAUUCCCGACGGUCAAAGCGGCACCUCGUGCGAUGCUAAAUCGGUUGUCUGGGAAUGGAAGCGGCAAUUAUCUGACGAAUGAAGAACUGUGGUUCUCUCAGACACUCGACCACUUCUCUCCCUAUGAUCAUUGCAAUUUCCAGCAACGUUACUAUGAGUACCUUGACUAUUUUCGGGCUCCGGAUGGACCAAUUUUUUUGGUAAUCUGUGGUGAAAGUUCAUGCAAUGGGAUAAAAAAUGACUAUAUUAGUGUUCUGGCAAAGAAGUUCCAAGCAGCUGUGGUUUCUCUUGAGCAUCGCUAUUAUGGAAAGAGUUCUCCAUUUAAAGCUCUGACAACAGAAAAUUUGAGAUAUCUUUCAUCCAAGCAGGCACUCUUUGAUUUGGCUAUUUUUCGCCAGAAUUACCAGGAUUCCUUAAAUGCAAAGCUUAAUAGAACAAAAUCUGAAAAUCCCUGGUUUGUUUUUGGUGUCUCAUAUUCUGGAGCACUGAGUGCAUGGUUCCGUCUUAAGUUUCCCCAUUUAUCAUGUGGAAGUCUUGCAAGUUCUGCAGUUGUUCUUGCUAUUUACAACUUCACAGAAUUUGAUCAGCAGAUUGGUGAGUCAGCAGGUGUUGAAUGUAAAACAGCGUUACAACAAACCACUCAACUUAUUGAACAAAAACUGGGAAUCGAUGGGAAGGCAUUGAAGGCUUCUUUUAAUGCAGCUGAUCUUGUAAUUGAUGGUGACUUCAUGUAUUUUUUGGCUGAUGCUGCUGUUACAGCGUUUCAAUAUGGAAAUCCAGAUAUAUUAUGCAAGCCUCUUGUUGAAGCAAAGAAAGCUGGAGAGGAUUUGGUGGAUGCUUAUGCCAAAUUUGUCAAGGAGUAUUACCUUGGAACCUCUGGUGUUAAUGUACAAAGUUAUAACCAGAAGUACUUAAAAAACACUGCUGUCAGUGAAAACAGUUCUGAUAGACUAUGGUGGUUUCAAGUUUGCACUGAAUUUGCAUACUUUCAGGUGGCUCCAUCAAAUGAUAGUAUACGGUCCUCAAAAGUUGACACUAGAUAUCAUUUGGACCUUUGCAAAAAUGUCUUUGGAAAGGGCAUCUUUCCUGAUGUUGAUGCAACUAACAUAUACUAUGGAGGCACAAAAAUUGCAGGUUCCAAAAUAGUAUUUACAAAUGGCUCACAGGAUCCUUGGCGUCAUGCAUCAAAACAAAUUUCAUCCCCUGAUAUGCCUUCGUACACUAUGACAUGCUAUAAUUGUGGCCAUGGAACUGACAUGCGAGGAUGUCCUCAAUCUCCCUUUAAUAUUGAAGGUAACGACAAGAACUGCACAUCCCCUGAUGCAGUUCACAAAGUUAGGCAAAAGAUCAUUGAGCAUAUGGACUUGUGGCUAUCUCAGUGCCAGGACCAGGACACGGGCAGGAAUUGUAUCUGAUUAUGAGUUGCAUGAUGUACGGCAACAACUUACCCUUGAUUUCUAUUACAACUUACUCCACGAUGUAUAUUGUUUUGAAUCACCUUUGUGUAAACUAACCAAAUAACAGUCAAAACGUAUUUGUACAAAGAAUACCAUUUCAUGCAAUAUACAUAUUCUAUCGAGUUGUAUAUAGCAUGUCUAUGCCAUCGCCAGAUAAAAGCUUACC